UCAGUCAUUCACAAUAGGUCUUAUAUUCAUCGCCUGUGAAAAUUUGGAUGCAAUUAUCUGUCAAACACAGUCAACAAGCGCAAAUGCACGCGCGUAAAAUUAAAAAAGUUUCACGAGAUUGUUAAAUUAUUUCACCAAAAGCCAAAAAAAAGCUACAAAACGUAUAUAAAAUUUUCUUUGGUGUACAUUCAGUUAAAGAAUUAAGUAGCAACUAUGUCGGGAUUUUCGUUUGGAACACCAUCACAACAACAAGCUGCGGGUUUCAGCUUCGGUGCACCAACUGCAACGGGUGGAACCAGCGCGCCUGCUUUCGGUGCUGCAGCCACAACAGCGGCGCCCGCAUUUGGCGCCGGCACCGCCGCUGCACCAGCAUUCGGAGCAGCACCUGCUUUUGGUGCAGCCGCUACCUCACAGGCGCCAGCAUUUGGUGCCACCGCGCAACCAACAGCUACCGUAGCACCAUUUAGUGCAACUGCGGCGGCUGCAGCACCCGCCUUUGGCGCUACACAAGCAUCUGUCGCACCCACAUUUGGAACACCUGUGGCUGCAGCACCAGCAUUCGGUGCAACCGCAGUAAGUAGUGCAGCGCCCUCGUUUAACUUUGGCGGCGGUCUAGGAGGAGCAGCUACAUUAACUACUGCUACGAAUCCAGUGCCAGCAUUUAGUUUUGGUGGGCUAGGCGGCACAGCUGCCACAACAGCAGCGACUUCUACGGCACCGUCAUUAGGGGGUUUAGGUGGUCUAGGGGGUGGUUUGGCAUUUGGCAAACCAGCAACUACAACCACCUCGGCUAGCUUGAAUUUCGGUACAACAACCACGUCUGUAGCGUCAGCCGGAAUGUGGAAACCAACAGUCACCUCAACUACGGCAUCGGCUACACCAUUUAUUGGCUUAGGUGGAGUUGAUGUAAGUGCAACACAGCCAAAAGCAGGAGAUUUGAAGCAAGAUGUAAAGGUGAAAGAAACACUUGUGCCCGACGAAAUUGCCAAAACCGUGGACGCACUAAAAUCACACAUUAAAGCGCAAAAGACACUUUCUUCCGAUAUCGGACGUACAUCGACUUCGAAGCUAACCAAUGUUUCCAACGAAAUAACCAAUAUUCAAUGGGCCCUUCAAGAGAUCUCCAACUCAGUGGACACUAAUUACAAACAAAUAAAAUUGCUGCGCAAGGAAACUUCGAAAACUAUACAGGCAGUAGAAAUGGCUCAGCGCACACAAGAUACACCAGCUGGCUUGCAAUUCGAAAAUACUGCACCUUUCCAAUUUUUUCAGGGUUUGGUUGCCAAGUAUGAGCAUGAUUUGAUUAACUUCCGACAGCAAAUAGCGCUUACCGAACAUCACAUGCGUUCGUUAACCAACCCGCAGACGGUGUCGCCGGAGGAUAUAAAACGUGGUUUCCGCCAAAUCAAUGAGAGUUUUAUUUCACUAGCUGGCCGUUUGCAGGAACUGCAUCAAAAAGUUGAAACACAAAAGGAACAAUUUCUCAACUUGCGAAAGUAUCGUCUGCGAGACACAUCGAAUGUCUUUUCGAAGAUCGACAAUCCCGAAAGCAAAGUCGACACAACAAAUGUCACCUGUGGACCGACACCUUUUUCUAAUAUUUCAGCGAUGGGCGCAUUUGGAAAAAGUUUUAGCAAUGCGUCCGCUGGAGCCGCAGGUGCAAGUGGGAGAGCAGCGGGAGCAGGCAACACAUAAAUGGGGAAAACUAAAUAAAUAGUUCAGUAAAUAAAAAUUUGUACAUUUUAGCAUUGGCAGUAAUUUUGCAAAAUUGUUGUAGUUACAUAUUUUCAGAGCUUUUUUGUAGUUUUUGUCAGAAGCAAGUUUACUACUAAAUAUUUGCAAUCAUUUUGGAAUAAAAAAGUGAAUUGAAUGCAAGUUUCUUGUUUUCAAAUCGGGAGCAGUACAAGUUGUAUUUGAGCUUGAGGUCUGAUUAGAUGUGAGGAUCUGUAAAUUGUUUUUCCAAAAAUAGCCCUAAGCUUAAAUACAAUUCUUUUGAAGUUUAUAACACGAAAAUUUUAAAUGCAUGCACUGCUGAAUAUUUUACAAGAUUUGUUAAAUUUAUUAAAUGUGAGGCUGCAUAAAAAGACUUCAUACAUUUCUUUAUAACUUUCUUAAAACAAAAAGUAUGAG